AAUGGAAUCCUUUUGCCUCAGUCGUUUGUCUGCGGUUUUGAAGCAGUUCACGGUGGUCCUGAGGGUGGUCAUCAAUCUCACGUGAACCCAGGAAGUUCUGAAAGUAAAACACACCAGAGCUUUCAGCAGAUGAGGAAUACAAUGGGAAAGGAAAUGAAGAGUGAGAGAACUAGAGGAAAUGGCAGAGAUAUAGCUUUUACUCUUAUGCCCUUGUAUGCUAUUGGUGUGGGGAUGUUUGCAGCAUAUAAAUUUGUAAAGUUACGCAGCAGCAAUAAUGAGUUCCAUCAAGGAAAAAACACAAUGAAAUCUCAAGAAGAAAGUUCAUCUCAGAAAGAUGAGACUAUAGAAGAUAAGGCAAAAGAAACAGAGCAUCAGCUUUUGGAAUUGGAGCAGCAUCUAGCACAGACAGAAAAAAUGUUAAAUUCUUUACUGACUCAGUUGGACCCACUGUCAAACUGCGUAAAUGCUUUGGCUUGUGAACAGAAAGAUGAAAUAAUGACACAACUUCGGUCUAUUAGACAGUUGAUGAAAGAAAGUGGACUGGAUAAAUCAGAAAUAAAGCUAAAAGGUGACAAUCACACAUGUAACGAGAAACUUGAAGAUCUUAUUAAUUCAUUUGGUGAACACCUUCAAGAGGAAGAAGUAGAUGACAAUGAAGAUUGUAAUAAUGAAGAUCUACUUGAAGAUACUGAUUAUAAUUACAGAAUGGAAGAGCCUGAACUAUGUGGUAACAAAUUAGCAGUUAGUCAGCUCAUCAAAUCAGAUGUGGUAGAAGUUCGAGAGAUAAAUAAAGAUGUGUUAGAACCAGAAGAGACCAUAUUGAGGAGACGCAAUAGAUAUGAAUGACAAAUACAUUUAUAAAACAUUUGAAAGUUUAUGAAUUGUUGCACAACCUUGUAUGCACUUUUAAAAUGUUCUGAAACAAAAUCUCAUGUCACUAUAAUAUAUUCUUUUAAAAUUGGGGUGAAAUCUUGGCUCCAUCAAAGGCUAUGGAAGUAUUGCCACUGAUUUUAGUGGGAAUAGAAUUUCACCCAGGAUGUUUACAUAUUUUUCUUAUUUAUUUUUCCUAUAGAAAAUAUUUCUGUAUUAUCUGUAUAUAAUGCACUGAAAUUACAUGUGGUGUUUUUUAGGAAAGCCUCAAGAUGUCUUAUAAUUAAAACUAAGAGUAAUGGAUAAUUCAUAAUGGUUAUUUUUACUCGUAGUAAUCUUAGCUUAGUGCAUCAAUGUCCAUUUCUAGUGUUUAUUAAAGCACACAGAAAUUGAGGAGUUCACAUAAUCUCUGCAUAGAGUUUAGGUGCUGAAGGGAGUUUACAAGAGUUUAUAGUUAAAAUUAGCUUUAUUUCAAUAAACCCUAUGGACAUGAUUUUUCGGGCCAUUUUUCGUGUUUUUUUUUUAAUCUAUCUUUCUCUCAUUAAAAAAUGGCAAAUUAUAUAAGGAAGAAUGAUUUAGCUUCAAAUCUCAGUUUACAGCUAAACCCAUUUGCCAAAACAAGUCCAAUAGAGUUUAAAUUCUUUUUUUUAUCAAGAGGCAAAUCAUACACUAUACACACAUAAAUUGCUACAAAGUAAAGAUGGGGAAGCUCUUUCUACUACUACUGAAGUGUAGUCAUCCUGGUGGUAGAAUGGAGUGGCUGUAUAACAGUUUAUUAGCUUACCUAGUAGAAAGAAAAUUUAAGGAACUAGAUGUGCACCAAUAAGCUAAGUAUCUGAAGUCUGACAGGAAUGGGUAUCUGAAGCAGAGAUACCAGUUGGCUUAAUGUAAAGUAAAAACUGAAGCAAAUAACCUUUUGCUAAACAGAUGGCUGAGCACUUAAUCUGUACAAUUAAAGAUUCUGUUUUUCAUUUCUGUCUGACUAAAGAAUACUUGUUGUACUUGUAAACACAGUUCAGCUUCAUGUAUUAAACUAAUAUUAACUUUA